GAAUAUUGAUCCAGAAACAUUUUUCAAACCAAAAAAAAGUUUUAACCAUUUUGAUUAAAUAAAAUUCAAUCAAUCAAUCAAUCAACAAAAAUGAUUAAAUAUUCGUUAUUCGCUAUUACAAUAUUUAUUGUAUAUGUUUCAUUUGUUGCUGGUGGUGGUAAAGAAAAAGGUGGUGAUUUAGUUAUAAUCGGUGGUGAAGAUGGUUGUCCACCACAACUACUUAUGAAAGGUGGUGAUAAGAAAAAAAAAUCUGGUGAAAUUUUAAUGAUCAAUCCAUGUCAUAAAAAGAAAAAAGAAUAUAUUGCUAUUCAAAUGCCAUCAUAUCCAUCGUAUCCAUCAUAUCCAUCAUAUGAAGAAUCAUAUCAACCAAGUUAUGGUGGUGGUCAUGAUUAUGAACCAAAAUAUGAAUCAAAAUAUGAACCAAAAUAUGAUUCUGAAGCUUAUCAUCAUGAUGAUUCAUAUCCAACAACAAUGGAUGAUGAUAAAUUUGUUAAUUAAAAAUUCAAUUUUGAAAAAAUGUACACACACAAACACCUGACCUACCUGCUAAACAUCGAUCAAUCAAUCAAUCAAUUAAACUUUGAGCUGGCUCAUGGCAUUCGUCUUUUUUGUCUUUUUGUU